GUUCUUCCCAGUGAUCCGUUCCGUCAGUGUCGUCGUUUCCAGGAAAGCGAGGAAGUAUCCUCGAGUCGGAAAGGCUGUCCCUCCCUCUGUCUAUUUCUUUCUCCUUCUUCUUCUUCUUCUUCGUCUUCGACCAGUCCACUGCAGAAGGAGCAAGAUGCAUGGCCGCUCAGACUCGUACAGGGUCGCAACGCUACCGAAAAUACGCGACGACAACAAAACAGCCGACGGGAUGUACAAGUCGCGGCGGAAGAAUCCAAAGCGGAGAACGGACAAUUUAGAGGACCUGAAGCAGGAGUUGGACAUUGACUUCCACAAAAUUACACCCGAGGAACUAUAUCAAAGAUUUCAAACACACCCCGAAAACGGCCUCAGCCAUGCGAAGGCAAAAGAGAAUUUAGAGAGGGACGGUCCAAAUUCGCUGACCCCACCGAAACAGACGCCCGAAUGGGUUAAAUUCUGUAAAAAUCUGUUCGGUGGUUUCGCGUUACUGUUGUGGAUCGGCGCGAUCCUCUGCUUUAUCGCGUACUCAAUUCAAGCAACGACCAGCGAAGAUCCAAAUGACGACAAUCUGUACCUGGGUAUCGUGUUAGCGGCGGUGGUUAUAGUUACAGGCAUAUUCUCGUAUUACCAGGAAAGCAAAUCCAGCAAGAUCAUGGAAUCGUUCAAGAACAUGGUACCACAGAUCGCGACUGUAAUUAGGGAAGGCGAGAAACUGACAUUGAAAGCGGAAGAACUGGUACUUGGAGACGUUGUGGAUGUUAAAUUCGGCGAUCGUAUCCCGGCUGAUAUCCGUAUCAUCGAAUCGAGGGGCUUCAAGGUGGACAACAGCUCUCUGACCGGAGAAUCCGAGCCGCAAUCCAGGUCUCCAGAGUUCACGAACGAAAACCCAUUAGAAACGAAAAAUCUCGCAUUCUUCUCGACGAAUGCCGUUGAAGGAACCGCAAAAGGUGUUGUGAUCUGCUGUGGUGAUCAAACUGUAAUGGGAAGGAUUGCUGGUUUAGCGUCCGGCCUUGACACCGGCGAAACUCCGAUCGCUAAGGAAAUCCACCAUUUCAUCCAUCUGAUUACUGGCGUAGCUGUAUUCCUUGGUAUUACGUUCUUCCUUAUCGCCUUCAUUCUUGGUUACCAUUGGCUGGACGCUGUUAUCUUCUUGAUUGGUAUUAUUGUGGCUAACGUACCGGAGGGUUUACUAGCGACCGUGACCGUGUGCCUGACGUUGACCGCCAAACGUAUGGCGUCGAAGAAUUGCUUGGUUAAGAACUUGGAGGCAGUGGAAACCCUGGGCUCGACAUCGACCAUCUGCUCGGACAAGACUGGCACACUCACGCAGAAUCGUAUGACCGUUGCUCACAUGUGGUUCGACAAUCAGAUCAUCGAAGCUGACACAACGGAGGAUCAAUCUGGACUUCAAUACGAUCGUACCAGCCCUGGAUUCAAAGCUCUGGCAAAAAUUGCUACUCUGUGCAACCGUGCCGAAUUCAAAGGUGGCCAGGAAGACAAGCCUAUCCUGAAGAGAGAAGUGAACGGCGACGCUUCGGAAGCUGCUCUGUUGAAAUGUAUGGAACUUGCUCUUGGUGACGUUAUGGGCAUUAGGAAACGCAACAAGAAAGUCUGCGAGAUUCCGUUCAACUCUACCAACAAGUAUCAAGUUUCUAUCCACGAAUCGGACAACCCAGACGAUCCUCGACAUCUUCUCGUGAUGAAGGGUGCGCCAGAAAGAAUUCUUGAUCGUUGCUCGACUAUCUUUAUUGGUGGCAAGGAAAAGGUACUUGAUGAAGAGAUGAAGGAGGCAUUCAAUAACGCUUACCUGGAACUUGGUGGCCUUGGUGAACGUGUACUCGGUUUCUGCGACUUCAUACUGCCGUCCGACAAAUUCCCGAUCGGCUUCAAGUUCAAUUGCGACGACCCUAACUUCCCGGUUGAUGGACUCCGCUUCGUGGGCCUGAUGUCUAUGAUCGACCCGCCCAGAGCUGCGGUGCCCGACGCGGUCGCCAAGUGCCGUUCCGCCGGCAUCAAGGUCAUCAUGGUAACCGGUGACCAUCCGAUCACUGCCAAAGCCAUUGCCAAAUCUGUCGGCAUCAUCUCUGAAGGUAACGAGACCGUCGAGGACAUUGCUCAACGGUUGAAUAUCCCAGUAUCCGAAGUCAAUCCUCGCGAGGCUAAAGCUGCCGUUAUCCACGGAACCGAACUCAGGGAACUGAACUCCGACCAACUGGACGAGAUUCUCAGGUACCACACCGAAAUUGUGUUCGCCCGUACCUCGCCACAGCAGAAGCUCAUCAUCGUCGAAGGCUGCCAACGAAUGGGUGCUAUCGUCGCUGUAACUGGUGAUGGUGUGAACGAUUCUCCUGCGUUGAAGAAGGCUGACAUUGGUGUAGCCAUGGGUAUCGCUGGUUCUGACGUGUCCAAACAAGCAGCCGACAUGAUUCUGCUCGAUGACAACUUCGCCUCGAUCGUGACCGGUGUCGAGGAGGGUCGACUGAUCUUCGACAACCUGAAGAAAUCCAUCGCGUACACCCUCACCUCGAAUAUCCCUGAGAUCUCACCUUUCCUGGCGUUCAUCCUUUGCGAUAUUCCUCUGCCUCUUGGUACCGUCACUAUUCUCUGCAUCGACUUGGGAACGGACAUGGUACCAGCCAUCUCACUUGCCUACGAGGAGGCAGAGAGCGAUAUUAUGAAGCGACAUCCACGAAACCCCUUCACUGACAAGCUAGUUAACGAAAGGCUUAUUUCGAUGGCGUAUGGUCAGAUCGGUAUGAUCCAGGCAGCCGCCGGCUUCUUCGUCUACUUCGUAAUUAUGGCUGAAAACGGAUUCCUGCCGCUGCAUCUUUUCGGCAUUCGAAAACAAUGGGACUCCAAGGCUAUCAAUGAUCUUCGUGACAGCUAUGGCCAGGAAUGGACAUACAGGGAUCGUAAGACACUGGAAUUCACCUGCCACACAGCAUUCUUCGUUUCGAUCGUUAUCGUGCAGUGGGCCGAUCUGAUCGUUUGUAAGACGCGACGCAAUUCCAUCAUCCACCAGGGAAUGAGAAACUGGGCCCUGAACUUUGGUUUAAUAUUCGAGACCGCCCUCGCCGCGUUCCUAAGCUACACACCCGGCAUGGACAAGGGUCUCCGCAUGUUCCCUCUCAAAUUCGUCUGGUGGCUGCCCGCAAUUCCCUUCAUGUUCGCCAUCUUCAUCUACGAUGAGACGAGACGAUUCUACCUCCGCCGGAAUCCAGGAGGCUGGCUCGAGCAAGAAACUUACUAUUAAAUGCGAAGAAAAAUUUAAUCAUACACGCAGAGCGCGCGCGCAAGAGUUACAAGAGCGAGAGAUGCAGAGAGAAUGAUGAGAGAAAGAGAGAGUGAGAUAUGCAUAUUACCCACGCAGAUAUACACCGAGAAACUAAUAACUAAAAAAUGAGCAAAAAAAAAUAUACGAAACAAAACCAAAAAAACAAAAAAACAUGAAACAACCAAACAAUGGGGAAAAAAAGAUGAAAACGUUAAAAAUCACUCACGUUAAAUACACACACACACAUAUUUUACCCAUGGGGCGUGCUAUUCGGGUCUAACCGUACUGUCGCGUGAUGAUGAUAUUAUUUUAGAUGGGGACAAUUCGCAUCAGCCGAGCCGAAUCGUCGAACGAACCAUCGCCAUAGUCAUUACAAUAUAGAGUGUCUUGCUGUUGUUUUACUGAACAAACAAUAAAAAGCGCUUCUCGCGUGGGAGUAGAUAAAUGGCUUGCGAGCACUCUCGUUAGAUGAUGUGUGAAGUACAAAACAAGAACGAAAUACGAAGUGGAUGAAUGAAAAGGGAGAAGAAAAAAGAAGAAGUUAUAUGAAAAAAAUAAGAAGAAGAAAACGUUCGUCGUUCUGGCUCUGCGAGUUGCUUGCACGCGCGUGCCGGUGUAUCAUUAAACAGAGAGUUCGUCGUUCGAGAAACAUCGAAGGAAUCGACGAAGAAACAAUAAAGGGUUCUACGAGCAACGUCGUCAGGAAGACUUCGAACUUCCGGGUACACACAUGUCUGAUAUGAUUCACGAGGUUUAUAGGGAUUAGUGCUGCCAUCUGAUCAUCGACGAACGUAUGAUAAAGAAGAAGUACAUAAAUAGUAGGGCCUAAGACACGAGAAUAAGAAGAAAAAGAAGAAAAACGGCGUCGAAUGAAGUCAUCGAGGAGAAAAGAGACUGUAUGAAAAGUACAAGCCCGGCAGUGGACACCCGUGUAUCUUUUUGGAAACGGAGGGAUACUGAAAAUGGCGACAAAUCGUCGGAUAACGCGCACAUCCGUAUGAACGUCGACGGGUGUACGACAUGGAUGAAUCUUUUAGAGAAAAAAAAAGCGGAUAACUUAGCAUCGAUGGAGCAUUCCGUUAGAUGUCUUGUGAUAUCAGAGAAAAAAAUAUUCAUAUAGGCAUCCCUUUAAGUAAAGGAGCAAAAGAACACUGCGCUAGAUUGGCACGCCCUUGUUAAGAGUUUAAAAAAAAAAGAAUUAAAAAAUGCAAUGUAGUCACGAUUUAAAAAAAAAAAUAAAUAAAUAAGAGCGGUAUUAUAAAUGUUACACUGAUGCAGAAGUUUAAGAAUCGAUAACGAGAAUAUAUCAUUCGCAAUCGACACACACGAAAGAAAAACGUAUUUACAGAUAGACGUCUCGUGACACCUACAGUCUUACAUAGAAACUUCUUAAUUGUUAAUUAAAGAAAAAAAAAUAACAAUGAAACAAGAAAAUCAGUACGCUAGAUUGGCACGCCCUAAAAGUUAUUCAUAACGCGACAGAGAGGGAGUGAGCGAGAAUGAAAGGGAGCAUAAUAAAAAGAACCCAAAAGAAAUUUAAAAAAUGACAAAAAAACAGCAAAAAAGGAUAAGAAUACAGAAGUAAUGGAAGCGCGUUUACAGUACUCAUUAUUAUUCUUAUUACAAGUAAUGUUGUUCGGUUCGAGUCUUUAAAAUCCGAGUAGCUGUCGAAGAAGCCAGAAGUCGCAUCGUGUAGAUAUUCUAGUAGUUUGUGAGUCUCUGCAUGAGAACUGCUACGCGAAUGAAGAGAACGGGCCAGGAUUGGACUGCAAAAAAGAGAAAGCUGAAAAUGAGAAUAUGAAAGGAAGAAAAGAGAAGAAAGAAGAAAGAUAUUAGACGCACGGGGGCAGCACGGGGAACGAAGACGGCAAACAGACAGUAUAAUAAGUAACUAUCAACUGAAUCACUACCAACGGAAGAGAAUACAUAAACUAGAUAAACGAAGAAACAAAGAAGAAGACGGACAUAGUAAGAAUAGAGAAGAUACACGUUGUUUAAGUUGCGCGCGAGCAAAUGGUAAAGCGGUGGUCACGGUUUUGGGAGCCAUUGAACUGGACAACCUGCGUACCACUGACGAAACUGGACAAAUAAAUUACAGAAAUGUUAAUGAUUAAAAGAAAAGAAGAGAAGACGAGCUGAGUAGACAUGUAAGAAUUCAAAAUAGUCGCGCUACUCUGGGAGCUAUGUGGUUUCCAUGGGUGAGGGCGCUAUGAUAGUCGAGGUAACAGGAUAUUAAAAAAUGCUAGUAGAGGAUGGUAAUGAUAUAGGAAAAGCACAGAGUGGAAACGAAGAAAAAAUACAGACAGAUAAAAAACAGUAAAAAAAAAACAUUCUUACUUAGGCGAAACUAAAAGUAAAGGAAAAAAAAAAGGUAUAAAUUCAUUCUCUUAGUUUCUUCAUAGGUUUAAAAACGCCAGCGGGACAGCUCGCUAUAAAUCAUAUUGACCCCCGAACGCAGAACGCCCUGUACCACCAACCCGCGGUCUGUCGUGUGUAUGUGUGUGUCAGUAUCGAAACAACGCCCCUUCGAAUUUUGUAGGAGCAACAACAAGCCACCACCAACAAUACAAAAAGAAAAAUCUAAAAAAAAAACGAACAAAACGAACGAAGGUGACUUAAAAUGCCUGCCACGCGACUUUUCGGGCCGGGACGAUCCGAGACGUGCGAUCAUAUCAGGUCUUAUUUCGAGCUUCUUCGAUGUGAAAAAAAACGCAUACCAACAAAAAUUCGUUUUCGUUUCUCUUUUUGCCUAUAUAUCGAUUUUGAAUCCUUGUUGCUCGCUUUCGCGGCUUUUCGAUGUGUACGCGCGCGCAUGCACUGGCAACGUCGGUGAAGAGGGCGCUUCGUUUCGAGCGGAGAACCGGGGCGGAGCGUAGGUAAUGACAAACUCGUUUGUCGAAUAAAUUUCAUCGUCGUUUGCCAUAAUUGCGACGAUACCCCGAAAUCAACGAACAGCCUCGAUGUGUUUACCACGUUCUCUGGUUCCUCUGUUCCACGCGAAUCAAGGCGAACGGACCAUCGAGGAUUCAGGUAGACGAAGGGUGACGCUCGCUCGGCGGCCCUGGCCCCAAAACUACCCUAAGUGUUCAAUAAUCGAGGUGUUCUCGAGGUGCCGUACACGCGUAACACGUUCUUCGCUUGCCAAUCCCGCCGAAUUUUACCAUGUUCGCGAAUAUAAGAAAGAAAUAUAUAUUCCACGGGCUACGACUUUCCUCCAGCCCUUCCGAUGAAUUUUCUCUGUUGUGCGCGCGAGGGGCUGGUUGAAUUAUUCGGCCCCGUUCACAAACACGUAACAACCAUGUUGAAUUUUGAAUAAUCAAAUUCAAUCAAAAAAAUUCGGUAGGACCGGCGAAGCUUUAACCGAAUCGUUUUUUGAGACACGUGGAUCGUCAUUUAAAUCCAACCGAUAACUCUUUGAAAGAAACCGGGACAGGAAAGAAAAAAGUGAGGAGAAACAGAUAGAGGGCAGCAGUGUACCGUCGCGUUGCUCGUCGAACUCGGACUUUGAUUACACACCGACAAAAAAGUACAUACGAAAUGAUCACAUUAAAAAAACGUCCCCAGUUCUCUUCUUCUUCGCGGAAGGGGAAGAUGCUCGAAAAUUGUCGAAAUAAAAAACAUGAAUCAGUCGUUACAGUGCUAGAUGUUGAGAAGCAGAGAGAUGUUUAAUGUUAUGCCAGUUAAUUCCGUUUUUCAUGGUGUUUCUUGGUUUCACGUUGCGGGACAGUGUAUACCGAUAGCUCCGUGUGUGUGUUAUCUAGAAAGAUCGAUCAUUCCUGUCACAACGAAAUCGAACCAAACAAAAAGAAAAGAAAAGAAAAACAAAAAAUGGGAAACAGAUUGCCUUCAGCGGAUCCCCGUGUUUUGAGAUAGGACGCGAACGAAAAGAAAAGAUAGAAUCGGAAAGAAGAGAGAUCGAGGAGUGAUAGCGAGGUAUAAGCAUGGCGGUAGGGGGGAUGAUGCAUUGGCCCAUUCAUUUCAGUAAAAUCGCUCCCGACAUGGGUACCGGAGCUGGAUCGGAGGAUCCGUGGUUUGUCGACAGGGUGUUCCGUGCCCGGGGGGCGUAGGAGCCCAAAAAAAAAAUGCUUUGCCGUCGUGCGCCUCUUUACUUUAGGCAAAUAAUUUAAACAUUAAUAAUAUAAUAAUAAUAAUUAUAAUAUAAUACAUGUUACAAUAAGAUAUUAUUAGAUGUAAUUAUUAUAUAUGGUUUAGUCUAGAUCGUGUUGUUGAAGAAAAAAAACAAAGUACGUAUAAGCGAACAAAAAAAAGAGAACAAAGAUAAAGAUAUGAAAAGUAUAACGACGACGAUGACGAGAGUAAGGGAGAGAGAGAGAGCGCGCGAGAGAGAAAACAUAGAAAAUCAAGGAAAAGUGGCAAUGAGAGGAAAAAAAUUCGGUCUAAGACCACAAUAUCUUGCGGCGGACUGAGCGGGACACAAACGAGAGAAUCCGCUUUUGCUUCGUUCUGUGCGCGUGGUAUAUCUUUUAUUUCUUUCUCUUUUAUAAAUAUAUCUUUUUUCUUUUUUUUUUUUUUUUUCCUUAGAAAUACAUACAUCUUCAGUGGUCCUUUUACGUACAAAACCGUGUUUUUCUUUUCUUCUUUGUUUUCUUUUCGCUACGUUUCCGGUUACGCGGAUGGAUUUGCGGCUAUAUUGUAUUCCCUCGUUUCGGCGACGCCAUCGUUUUCUUCUCACUUGUAUUACGCCCGCGGAUUCAUAGGAAAAGACAAUCCUCGGUAAACGAGUCGCAAAUCUUUUCGUGUUCUGCAAACGGGUAACCUCGCCAAAAACAACGCAAUCGUCGCAAAACUGGUUUUUCGGGUGAAUCGGCGUAAAAGAGCGGGAGAAAAAGAGAAAUGUGUGAAUGUGGGCGAGAGAUCGUGUGUUUUAAUAUAACGGAUUCUUCGCUUUUCUGUUGCCGCGAUCGAACACAAUAAUAAUUGGCAGUAAAAUAUUCGAGUUCAAAAAAUAAAAUCAAAAAUCUGGGAAUUGAGGAGGAGAUAAAAAAGAAAACAAAUGCUUAAAAUAAUAAAGAACAGUGUCACGAGAAUUCUGUGAAACGUCGCCCCUGCACAGCCCGCCACAUCACAACAGAAUCAUUGAAUGAUUAAAAUAUAAACAAAAAAAAAAAAUGAAUGAUGUUUUAUUAAUAUUGUACAUAUUUUAAAUAACUGCAGACGGACAAACGGAUCGCGCAUGAACGGUGACCCACGAGAAGGUGGUCUGUUUAAAUGGUCCGCCUUUUCCAUACGGGUUUCAUACUCUUUUUCUGUUUUUCGUUUUAGCGCCGCAUAUAUGAUACACACCCCACACACAUACACACUACACACGCUGAGAGACACGUGCGAACAUAGAGAGAGAUAUACACACGUACACGCUCAGAGAUAAAUGAAAAGAAAAUGUACACCGCUCUACCAAACAAUCUCUUCUGAUUGACGAUUCCUUUCAUAUUGAUUAUUCUGUAAGUUCUGUUUUCACACGUGAAUUACAUUAAGGAAGAAAUGAGAGACAUUGUCCAACCCAAGUGUCAUUACUUUUGAUGUUAAAUAAAAAAUACAUAAUUAAUAAA